UCAUCUAUUCUUAUUUAGAAUCUAACUGUCUAAAAGCCUAUAUUAGACAGUUAAGAUUACAUUAAAAUGAUCCGUUUGUUUUUAAAGCGCUAAAAUAAUUUUAAAAUCUUGAAUUUAUCGCGGGGAUAUGGCCUAAUAGCUACUGGCACGGCGUGAAACAUAAAUAAACUCCCACGAAUCAAAUGACCGUUAGAAUAAACAACAGCAGAAACCGAUCGACAAUAAUGCUUUUUAAGAAAAAAAAAAAAAAAAAAAAAAAAAUGCCCGUGAUUUGACCGUGGCCCUAAAAAAGAUUUCAUUCGAGUCUGUUAAACUGUUAGACACGAUGCCAACAGGCUGCACCAAGCGAACCACUUGCCGCGACGAUGACUGAUGCGUUUAUUAUUGUUAUAGUUUACACGUUGGGGAUUCCCUCAGUACGUUUACUGGUAAACACAAGAUGGAACCACUACCGCUACCCUCCGUCGUCAGUCCUUUGCCUCGCUAGCUGUCUCUGAACAGAAUGUAAGACACACAUUUCUCCCUCUACCGUUUUUUUUUUUUUUCCUCCUCCUUCUUCUUUUUAUCACAAACGAUUUGCCUGCGUCAACCGUCCUUAGCAACCGUUGAAUGCGAAACUCCGCCUUCGAAUCCGAUAAUAUAGUGCAUGACGUAGUUAUGACGUCAGCGCAAGGGUGGCCAGCGCCAUGCGCGAGCAGGGGAUAGUGCACAGGCAGCUAAACAGCAACUAACUUGUGAGCAAGAAGGCAUGUCGCCUGUACGCAGGCGGUCGAGGAUAUUGACGCGACUGAAAGCAGGACAGACGAUUGAAAGUCCUUGUCGAAUGUUAUCGUGGUCAGUCGUACGAGAAUGGUGAUGAUGGCCGACACUCCCUCGUUGCAGCGACCCAAGGGACAGUCGCAAUCGGUGCGUGUCGGUUUCUACGACAUCGAGAAAACCAUCGGCAAAGGGAAUUUCGCUGUCGUCAAACUUGCUAAACAUCGUAUAACUAAGACUGAGGUGGCCAUCAAAAUCAUUGACAAGAGUCAAUUAGAUGAAUCCAACAUGAAAAAAAUUUACCGAGAAGUCACCAUCCUGAAGUUACUCAGUCAUCCGCACAUUGUCAAGCUUUACCAGGUGAUGGAAACAAAGAACAUGCUCUACCUUGUUUCUGAAUAUGCCCCAAAUGGCGAGAUAUUUGACUACAUCGCUCGCCACGGAAGAAUGUCUGAACCUGACGCAAGACGCAAGUUUUGGCAAAUACUGUCAGCAGUGGAGUACUGUCAUGAGCGACACAUCGUCCAUCGUGAUCUUAAGGCCGAGAAUCUUCUGCUUGAUGGAAACAUGAACAUCAAAAUUGCUGACUUUGGCUUUGGGAAUUUCUUCAAAGCCGAUGAACAGUUGGCAACCUGGUGUGGAAGUCCUCCAUACGCUGCUCCAGAGGUGUUUGAAGGGAAGAAGUAUUCAGGGCCACAGAUUGAUAUAUGGAGUCUGGGGGUCGUGCUGUAUGUGUUGGUAUGCGGUGCUCUCCCCUUUGAUGGCCCGACAUUACCAGAGCUUAGAGAUAGAGUUCUGUCAGGACGAUUCCGCAUACCAUACUUCAUGUCCACUGAAUGCGAGAACUUGAUUCGACGCAUGCUGGUCCUGGAUCCCAUGCGCCGAUAUACCAUUGAACAAAUCAAGCAGCAUCGAUGGAUGUUGAUGGAGGGGGGUGCCUGGAAAUCAUGCCCCUCAUCCCCUACAGUUGGGACAGUUGGGCAAAAUGCUAAAGUGGGCCAGUUUAACGAACAGAUUCUUCGCAUCAUGCAGAGCUUGGGUAUCGACCAGCAGAAGACAAUGGAGGCACUAAGGAGUGAUGCAUAUGACCACUAUACGGCAAUAUACUAUCUUCUGCUUGACCGCCUCCGGCAGCAUCGGAGUAGCUUCCCAUCUGACACACGCAUUGAUGCCAGGCGAAGGCGGCCGUCAACAAUAGCUGAACAAGCCAUGCUGCACAUGUUGCCCUCACAGGCAAUGGGACUUCCUCGGCCGCCCCUGGCUGGCCUGAAGCAAGGCCGACUGAGUCGCACCCUGGACAAUAAUAGUCCACCUAACCCUGGGGCUGGUCCCCAGGCCACAUCCCCAUAUCCCUAUGGUACCCUGGGUGCUGCUGAGUCGGACAUGAUGCCACCGCCACCUACUGUGCUUCUGUGCAUGACAGACAUGUUGCCACCUCCAAGGGCACCGGCACCCCAACCAACACCAGGAGUCAUCACAACAUCCAUCGAUGAAGGCGUUGAGGCAGACAUCAUGGACAGAGAGUCUGAAUCAAAUGAAGCCAUGGCAUUCUCAGCAGGAAGGUUUGCAGCUUUGCAGAGAGAUCCUUAUGGCAUCGGUCUUCUUCCAGAAUACCGAUACACAUACUUUGAUGGUGCGAACUUGUCAGGCGCUUCUCAAAGGCAAAGUCUCUCUGGAGCCAACAGCAGCUCCUCCCUGAACACCUUUGCCCUUGGCAGCAGUCUUUCACCCUUUGCCAGCUUUGACUCAUCACUGGAGGUUGAUAUCGCCACAAGUAAUUCUGGCACACUGUGCGGUAGUGCAACUAUACCCAUGUCCACCUACAUAAAAGGUCCAGGUUUGAGUUCUUUAGGUGGGGUUCAAGGCAUGACAAACAUUGGACAUUCUCCAUACCUACAAGUCAUGGGACCAGGUGGUUGCCUAGCAACAGCAACAGCGAGCUCUAAUCCAGUGUCAGCUACUUCCAUGACUCGUGUGACAGGGCUGGUCCCAAUGCCGAAUGGCGGUGGUGGGCGGGGUGAAGCAUCAGCUGGGGAGGACGUGCUGCAGGACAGGGGUCAGACGAGGUCACCUGUGAAUUUCCGAGAAGGCAGAAGAGCAUCAGAUGGAUUGGUUGCUCAAGGCAUCAUUGCCUUCCGACAACGGUUACGCGAGAGCAUGCGAGCAUGUGGAAUGGUGGAACUGCGACAAGAACAUCAACAGCUUCAAAGUCUCUACUCCUCGGGCAAUCUCGCUGAGAGCAGCGAAGGGGAAGCAACUCCUCCACCCUCGUCCUCACCUCCCCAGACUAUGGCUCAUCCUCAACCUCAUCGAAAGCUGUCUGCUCCUCACCAUGGGCACCGACAAUGGUCUUUAGAUGAGCAAGGUGGAGGCGGAGCAGUGGGUCGACGUCGACCCUUGAUGAAACGCAUGUCCUUGCCCUCCGAGUCCUUCGACAUUCAGCCACAUAAGCUUCUGGCACUGAAACAGUCUCUGUACCUGGAGCAGCAGCUGGACAGGGCAGGAACAGGUGCAGGCUCUGAGGAAGAUGUCGCUGCUGGAGCCCCCAGUCCCCAGUUGCACGCCCCUCAAGCCCCACCUUUGCCAAGCUGUUCCACACCACCGUUGCCAUACGAGUACACCCCAUGCAGCAAGACCCUGCAGCAGCAACUCCUGUCACACAGGCUACAGCAGAAGCGGCAAGUGUUCCAGAAACAUGGCCAUCCGCAUCAGCACGCACCCCACCCUCAUCAUCAGGACAGCGACCUUCCCCCUCCUCUGCCUCUGACCUCCCAGCUGCAACAGCUGCAAAUUGACCCAAACAACUUACCCAAGAUUGACUUCACCUCCAGCUAUCCUUCGGCAGUUCCUACCCAGGGCAGUUCUUUGUACUCUGUUUCCCAAGCUCUAUUCGGGGUCUAUUCAGUAAACUCUCUGCAGCAAAGUCUAGGACCAUCAGCAGGUCAGCACUGCAGUCCAGGUUUUCUGCCGUCUACUCUUCUUCCAGUGCCAGCUUCGGCACAGCAAGACACACACCUUCCUGCUCUUCAGCUAUCCACUUUUACUGCCCCUCCAGAGAUCCCACUAGCCACACAUGACUCCUGUGGUUACAAUACUAAUGAUGACAGCCACAGUGAUGGUGCCAAUCUGAAGAUUGAAGAUGGCUUAGUUGAGAAUUUGGCAAGCAAGGAGUCUGGGGAUGAUAGUGAACAGAUUGUGAGUGCCAGUAUGAUAUCAACCUCAGCAAACACACAGUGGCAAAGAAGACCAGGCGUGUUUAUGGCUGUGCAUCCCUUUCAAAAUGCUUCUGCUUUAUCUGUACCUGAAUCUAAGCAGAGCAACUUAUUUUUGAGUGGCACCCAGCUCUGGCUUUGGCAUACAGAAAACCGUUGACAAUGCAGAUGUUGGUCUUGCAGGCCUUAGUGCUCCUCAGUGUACGUGGAUUGAUAGCAGGUCCUCGUUCUCUUGCAAUCCCUCAGGGCAUUCUGCGCCUUUCAACAGUAUCACCACAAGCAGUUCCCGGAAUACUCCAUCUGAGAUUUUUUCGCUGCAGGGUACUGGCAUUUCCUUGCAUCCCUUGCAAGGGUUUGAUUCAGGGCUGGGUGUUGUAGAUUCAGAAGGACUAGCAUCUCAGCCACUGGAGCAGAGUUCCUUCAGCAAUCCAGGUCUGCCUGAUCAUAUCGGCACCCAAGAGACUGCUGGGAAAGAAGCCAUGAAAGGGAGUAACUUGCCUGAAGCACCUCAGAGAUAUUCUGAAUUAUUCGAAGAACAUAUGGAUGUGUCGUAAUGUGCCAGAAGACAGGUCCAGCAUCACUUGGCCGAUGUUGGUUGUUGACAGCUGUUUUAUGUUUGUAUCAUCUGUUAUUGUAGAGACUUUGUACUACUGUUAACUACUCCUAGAGUCUAGAUUUUUACCAACAACGUGUACUUGUGUUGGUGGCUUUCUCAAGCCAUUGAAAAUGUGUGACCAAAAGUAAUUUAUAGACAAUUUUGCGGUGACUUUUAAAAUUGUUGUAGAUGCUUUACCCAGUACGGGUCAGGAAAAACUGUGAUUCGCCCUCACCCUGCAAGCAUCAUAUUGUAUAUUAUUUUCCUGCAUUAUCUGCAGUCAUGUACUAGUUUGUCUGUUCUGUAUAUGUAUACAAUAGAACAGAGUGUCAUUUGUACUUGUGUAGAGUUCAGCAUCUUGUGCAGUUGUUGUAUCUAUAUUGGUGAGCCUGACUUAGAUAAUAGAAGAGAUGCUGUCUUCUGUGUGAAAGGAGUAUGCAUGUUUGUUUCCAUAGGAAAAAAAAUCUGUUUUUGUAGCCUUAAUAAACCAAAGGCAUGGACAUUCAACGAUGCUAAGGUGAAAUGUCUGACAGAUGUGUCAGACUGGAAGAAAUGAACCCUCAGGAAGGCGUUUUUUAUGAUGAUAAGCAUAUUUUUCGCAUGAAGUUCCCAUACGCUGUUAUAGCUUACUGCCUCAGUAGAACAAAAUGAUUUUGAUGUGCAUGUUUUUACAUUCACUGAUGCGGUCUUUUGCUUGCCCAUGCAGUUGAGAGAUUCCUGCACUGUUAUGUCUUGUACCACCAUGCAGUUCUGAUGAAGAUGUUGGUAAGUUGUGACUAAUUUGACAGUCAAGUGAGCUGAACUGAACUUGCAAGAGUUGUAGCUAAGUUGUGAUGCCGUGUGUAUUCUUCAAAUUUUGAUGGUGCUUGUGCUCAGUGCAAAGACAAAGCUCUAUAGAACAAUACUGGAAGACAACCCUGGACACAGGUGGAGUGGCAGAAAAAAAAUGAGUGCAUCAGAAUUUUUCCUCUGUAUGUCUCUGUUCCAGUGACACAGGGAGACGAGCCAACCACAGGCUGCUAGUUCUAGUUUCGCACUCUUGAAAUCAAUUUCUGUGAUCAGACUGUUUAGAUCUCUUUGGCCAUGCCAUGAUAAGGUACAGGCUUGUUUAUUUUGAAAAAAAUGUAGUGUUAUAAACUGUGGAGGUAAACUUUCUGCAUUUAGCUCUGUAAUGUAAAGUCGACAUGUAUAAUGUGAUUAUAUUUUACUGCAGUUGUAUACUGUUUGCAGGUUUGUUUUACCAUACAGUAUGCAUGUGUAUGUGUGUGCCUAUGCACCUGUGUGUGUGAGAGAGAGAGACGCAUGCACAUAUACUUUUGUAUGCUAUUUGUACAGCUGAGUGCAUGUUGGCAUGUAUAAGCAAGCGUGCUACUUGGCAGCGAAGUUUUAGCCAUGGUUGUAAAGGAUUUGAAACUAGAUAGAGCAUAUCCAGAAGUGUUUUAAGUGACUCUUGGAAUGCUUCAUUGCAAGUUAAAUAUUAGCCAUUAAUAAUAGUAACUUAACCAAUAAUAACAAUAAUAAUAAUACGAGACUUUGCUAUCCAGCAUACUUGCCAUAUAGCCGAACAUAUGCAGCAGUUUGUUCCUCCUUUGUCCCUAUGGCACAUGGCUCAUGAUCCUGUAGAGCAAAUGUUUAUAUAUUUGUAUUUGCAAUGAACAUGUGACAGUGUUUUCACACUGUAAAUUUUGUAUGCCGUGACUUUUUGGUCAGCUUGACCGUGUCUUCGUUCAUUGGUAAUGGUACAGUAGCAAUACAUGGCUGGCUCCAUCUUUCCCGUCCUUGGAGAUCCCACCUGGUCUCCAGACUUGACCCUCCUCACUACGGACUGCUGGUAUGGAGUAUCUAACACAAAAGCAAAAUGUUAAGGUCGCCUGGUGACUUGCUUUGUGUCUCCCUUGUUUCUUUAUUUUUUUCUCAAUGUCCCUACUCACGAAGAUCAAGUUAAGAAUGGCAUUUUAAGGAAUCCUGAUAGUCACAGAGGAUAGUGCCUGAUGGGGUUGAAACCAAUGCGACCGAGGGUCAUUUCAUUAGCAGGAGACAAUCUGAACAUGAACUUCUCAGUCCGAGCUAAAGACUCCUCUUUUGUGUGUUGUUUGUGGGGUUUUGUUUUGGGGUUUUUUUUUUUCACUUGUGGAAGAUUGUUAAAGAAAUAUGAAGCUUUUGGUAUCUUCCAGUCGCAUUGCCUAUGUGUAUUUUUUAUAUUGUUUGGUCUUUGGUGUAGUGUGGUUGGUAACAUCUGCAAACAUUUAACAGGAUUCCUCACAAAUAAUAAGCUCCCCACCACCAAACCUGACCCCCGAACUCCCAACCUCCAAAGAAAAUUGCAGAAGAUUUACUGCAUCACAUAAAUGUAAUCAGAAAAUUCAGAGAAUGGUAUUUAAAAAAAAGAGGCACUCAUUUCAAAUUGUAAAGAGGUGCCCUGUUUUUUCUGGGGUCUUAUAGCUGGUUGCAUGGACCAGGGUCAGGUUUGUAUAGAGCAGACAAGCUGUGUCCUGAUAAUCUGCUUGCUUAAUUUAUCGCCGGCAUUGAUAAUGUAGAAUGAUGGCAGGGAAGGGUAAAACUAAGGAUUACCACCACACAUCAGAGAGCAAGAAGGACCCACCCCUACCCUCUUGUUUUUGAAUUGCCUGUAAGAGAGAAUGAAAAUGUGUUUCACUCUAUGAUUAUUUUUUUUGUUUUUUUUUACUUUGUUGUUAAUGGGAGUUUCUAGGAUCUUAAAUGCUAUAUGGGCAUGAAACGCAUUGAUAUUCACUGAACAAAUACGUUGUAAGUGGGAUUUUGUUACCACUGGGCUUGUUAUUUGAUAUUGUAACCUUCAGAAUAUGUUAUGUCUUGAUACGUGCGUUGGUGUGUGUGUGUUUUGGAAAAGUGUGGAGGGAUGCAUGAAUAUUCUCAUAGCUUAAAAUGGUGCUGCCAUGAGAGGUAACAACAUUUCUCAGGAACAAUAUUUCUGCAGAAACAGGGAUAACGGAUGGUUUAUAGAAGUCUGUAAUGUUUCCCUCUCAUCUUUCACUAACCCCCAUUCCACCCAAGUCACAAUUUUCUUGCAUUGUUCAUGAUGCCAAGUUGUUGCACAUUAUGAAUAUGAGGAAUGUAAACACUGUACAUCUUUAUGAGGAUCAGAAAGUAGGAAAUGUAACUACAUGGGGAAGAUGGUCAUAAACCACAGGCAUGUCCUUGCAUGUUUAUGGUGAUCAUUAACCACAGACAUUUACUUAAUAUGUUCAUGGCUAUAUGGAGCAAGUGAAUGUACCUGCAUCUUUAUGAUAAUCGUAAACUUAUGGAGUCUGGCUGUACGGGUCUGCUCCAACAAAAUCAAGGAGGAAGGCAAUCUCUUCUGUAGUCAUAAGUACAGGAUGGUGUAUUCAGCCUUAAGGUAAUGCUGGAGUUUAGCUUGCAAGUUAUCAGACACUGUAGUCUGAAGUUUGGGCAGUUUUUUUUUUUCUCUCUCUCUCUCUUUCACCAUCAUAGUCCUGUGCUGUGGCUUUCAGGUGUUGCUGUAGGUGUUGGUAAAUAGAGGGCGUUGGGGGGGAAGUGGUUGGUAGAUUGUGUGGGUGGGUUUGCUGAUUCUUGAAGUCACCCAGCCCACUCAGUCAAUCACACCUCAUGCCAGGUCAUCAGCUAAAGGAUUGCAGCUGGUUGUAGUCAGCCUUCGUCUAAAUUAUUCGAAUUGUGACUCCUUCCUAUUGUACUUCCCCUCUGUUCCGCUUUACCUCAUUUUCUGUGUGUCUGUGGGAAUGUUGAGCGGGAGUUCCUUGGUGGCUUGUCGGAGAGGUGUAGAAAUGCCCUUUUCCGUGAGUUUGGAACAGAAGAGACUGCUACGAUCAUGUAUAUUAUAGGAGUAGCUCAACAGCUUUGGUCUGAGUUUAUUUUCUGUCUGUGUUUGAUUUGAACAGUAAAAUUGUUCAUGAUUUGAAGAAACAUUUUUAAAAAAAUUACGACGAUAGUUUUAACUUGAUUAGAUUAACACUAACGAUGGUCAUGUAAUGUGUGAAGAAUUUAAAGAAAUUACUUUUAGGAGUGUUUUCAUCUCAUGUUAUUCCAGCAGUACAUGGUUGCAUAAAAGUUGUGAACUUUGCGCUAGAAGUAAUCUUUUGACAAAUCGUGUAAGGUAACAAUAAUAAGAAUGAUAAUGUGGAAACCACAUAUUUGUUGCUCUUUGUGUUGGGGUUGGCGGAACCUUUAAUAAGAAUAGGUAAAUAUGAAAAGUACUGAUCACAUUAACAGAUGACCGUUCUUCCGAACUUUACCUACCUGAGGGGAGGAGGUAGCGGUUUGGCGAGUCAAUGAAACCCACCCGUCCUUUGACUGGACGUAAAGGUGCGGUGUCUUGCCUUUUCCAUCCCGCAGCUUCCUGCACCGGCUCUGACCCUCACAUCAACCCCCUUUCUGUCUCGCAGGUGAUAAUUUGAACAAUCCUUUUCCGAUAGUCAACUUUGUGCCUUGGUGCGAUUUCUGUACUCAGACCACAGCUAACAAACCACCCAACCAACCCUUCCCCGACUUUACCCUUCUCCCUCAUCCCACCCACCCGCCACAUUGUACAUUAGCAAAACUUUGUUACCUGUCAGUGUUUUGUUUCAAGGGGAAAAAAACUAUUGAGAAGUGUUCGCUGAAUGUUCUUAUCAAGAGCAAAACAUAAUCUGCUUGUCUUUCGACUUAGGGGACGUGUUUGCGAUCGUGCGCUCUUGUGUUGUGUUUUAUUUUUGUAAGGGAGGGUGGGAAGAGUGGAGAGGUGCCAUGACCUCUGUAUCAUCUUGUGCAGCUUCAACCUGCACGUGGCCAGCCUGGUGAAGCACAACCUUUCCUGCUUCAAUGCUCUUCUUAGCCGAAAAGGUGACUAAUGUUUGGGAGUGUUUGACGGUUGUAUAGUCACUUCGCCAAACACCCACAUGCUCAACGAAGUGUGUCCGGUUAGUCAGUGCUCGUGUGGACUUAUGAAAGUUUAGCUUGUUGUUUGUUGUGUGUUAAAGGGCAAUGGAGUUGAUGGCAGUUUUGUAACUUACUUUCCUUUCUAUUUAAGUUUUUUUAAUAUUGACAAAGACUAGAGUUCUGUGUACUGACAAAGCAGAAAGCCUGCCUUGUUUUUGUGAUACUGUGCACAGAUAGCGGCGUUACAAUUUUCAUUCGUUGAUUUCAAUCAUUUUUUGACAAUCAGACGGCAGAAAAGGCCUUUUGUUGCUUCCAUCUUUUACCUGGUCCUUCUGUGCGCCUGCUGACCUUAUGUCUUGUGGCUUUGCUGAGUGAGGCUUUAAACACAUUUUUCUUUUUGUGUGUCCUGCGAACUUCCAUUUUCCUCCCUCUUCUGUUUCCGUUGUUGUCACUUUUUUUUGUCUAAAUUAUUUAGUUUUUGAUUUUUUUUUUCGGUCCACCAUCUCACAUAAUGUCAAUGUUCCACCUUGUUUUGUGUUCCCUAUCGUGGGACUCCUUGAGUGCCCGAGUCCCAUUCUGCCAACAAGCGACUUCUUUCUUUUAGUUUGGUUUUUUUUUUGUUUUUUUUUUCCUUAAUAGACCACAUGACGGUUAACGAGUCUUUCGAAGUGAAAUGCAUCUUUCACUUCACUUUCACAUUCACGCACCACUUCGUGCGACUGUUGCGGAGUGUGUGCGUUAAGAUUCCCGGUGAUAAUUAAGCAUAUUACACAUUAACAGAAUAACGUGCCUGGGUCAGUUCUUCGUCUUGCCGACUUUUAAAACUUCAAUUUUUUUUUUAUCUGUUUAAGCUUUUUUUUUUCUACAAUCCUCAACCCCCUACUUCCUGCUAUCAUGGGGUCCUCAUCUGUUCUUAAGUUUCUUUGCAUAUUUGACAACCUCUUCUGCUCUCACUCACACACAUACACACCCUUUGUUGAUUCUCUUCGGUCGGUGUCAACGCAUGAUGAUGGUGAGAUGGCCUUUAGUUUGUUUUCCAGGCUGGAGAGUUCUGACGACAAUCUCAUACAAUAUUGUACAUGUGGCUUGUAUGAAACAUCAGGACUGUGUCGUAGACACACAAACACAAGAAAGGCCUUGUUUGCUUGUUGCCUGGAGGCAAGUUAUUAACCUGGUGGUGGCAUCAAGCGUUUUGUUUGCGAGUGUGAUCACGCGCUCGGUGAGGGUUUUGUGAAAGACGAGUGGCUUAUGCAACAUGAUUAUUUUUUAUGAUCAUGGCACAAUUGGAAAAUGUUGAUCGUCGUUGUAACCGAGGUGAAUGAGCAUGCAAUUUUUUUUUUCCAUUUCUCCCAAACGAGACGCAGUUCACAUGCUGGUCAUGAAUAUGGAUUGCGGCAUGCAAUGGCAAACAGAUGAAAAUGAAGACAUAACCGUGUAAGGUCGCAUGCAAGAGCGAACAGGUCAAAGAAAAAAAAAGUGUGACGAGGUGUUUACCUGACAGUUAUGUAUCUACCUGCUUCGACACCCCUGUCCCUUCUCUCUGGAGCUGUGUAUGAGUGUUAAUGUUCGCUCUGGUCUUCGACAUCAAAGAAGCGUGGAGUCGCAUCUUUAAUAAUCCUUCGAAUUGUUUUGAGCUGUGGCAUAGAACAAAAGGAAAUGAUCGUCUUAUUCUUUGUGUUAUGUGUAAGUUUUCGUGUCUCUGUUCGCAGGGGGGAGAGGGAGUUCCAGUCGUAUGAAUUACCUCCCUCCUCGUCGUCGUGGUCGUCAAAUCGUGUUGGUAGGAGGGGGAUGGCGAUUAUCUCCCCCUCGUACCUCCCCAGCUUCCUUGGUGUUCACACAUAAAAAGAACGUAACAUUGCCUAGCACUUGAGUACCUCAACUGAUCACGUGUCUUGUUGCCAUAGCUACAGUAUAGUGACCUCUGCUGUCUGACCGACCCCCCCAGGUGCAUGUUGGAGUUGCUGCCGCAUGGUGUGGAAGGGACUUGGGGCGCCAGGGUCCGUAAACAGAAUGUCUUUGUUCACUGCAUUGCGUGGAACGCACUUGGAGACAAAAGCACCGCAUCUUUGGUUAUUUCUUGCGAGGGCUUUUUUUUUUUUUUUUUUUUGUCUGGUAGGGGUGGGGAUGCCCUUGUUGGUAUAAUUCAUUUUGUGAUAAGGGGAGACAAUAACUUACCGACCGUACCCCUUGAUUGUAAGUAGUGUAAAAGAAUGUAUAUGCUUUUUUUUUUUCGGUGAUAGCCUGUAUAAUAUAUCUCGUGAAGCAAGUCCCAGACCUUGACCCUGUUCAUUGACCUUGUGACGUGCGUUCUUGUCGUGUGCAGUAUGUACUAGUCACAACUUCAAGUUAAGAAUAAACGAAGGGGCCGUACUCAGCUCCUGUCAUAGAAAAUA